GGGAAAUACACGUUCGCCGACGGCCUCGAGUACCAGGAUAAAAACUGGCACUACUGCGACGGCUACGACAGGAGGUUUUACACGGAGAUCUGCUCCGGUCUGAAACCGGCAGGCAUUUCCCAACUUACAAAUUUGGAUCCUCCUAGAAAAAUCCCGGAAGGAUGUUAUGACUGUGGUGAUGGAUUCUAUAAUCCUGAGACCAGAGUUAUCAUUGACUACAAAUUCAGAUUUCUAAGAAAUGCAGAUGACGAAGAGCAUGAAUGGAUCGUUCGGACCUGCCGGAAAGGUUGAGAUAAAAUAACUGGAAAUAAAUCUAAACAAUGAAAACAGCUUUUUGCUAGAUGAUACUAUUACAAAAUAGGUAAUUUGAUUCGUGAUAAGUCUAAUUUGUCCAUGUAGAUUUAUAUCACUUUUUUCCUCUAUGGGAAUAUCAUCUUUUCUGUCAUCUUUGUCAGCUUAAACAAAA